AUGACCCGGCAGUGUGACCAAACUGAUUCAAAGGAAGAGGUCGAGGCAGACGAUGGUGAACAGAAGUGGAAGGUCGGUGAUCGGGUGUACGCGCUAUGGGCAGGUAAUAGCUGCUACUAUGUGUGCACCAUAGCAGAGGUCCGCGAAAAGGACAGGAAGGUGGUGGUCACGUGGGAUGAUGCCGACACGUCACACCGCACGGUCAGCUUCGACCAGGUCAUGCGCCCUUCUGACGAAACGACCGCCUGGAGUAAAUCAAGGAUUGAGCGACGGGCUACCGUCCGGCAGACGGAGCAAAAGGGACGAUGUCUGUUCACCAACGAGGCCUGCGAGCCAGGCCAGGUGGUUUUCGUGGAGAGGCCGCUUCUUGUUGCCUUGCCAGCUGUUGCGCCCAAGCUUUGGGAGUGCCUUCAGAAGCUUCAUGGAGCGCAGCCACUAAACCUGGGAACCGUGACGUUCCAUUUUGCUGCACUUGUUUCGGUGCUGACGCUCGAUGCGGCUGACAUCGGUGUAAUUCGAGACAAAUACGUGCCUGAUCCAGAUGAGGAACCGAAUGAGGAUGUUACUAGAAUCCUGCAAGCUCUUCAGGACGCGCCGUGCGAGUUAGCGAAAGAGCAAAUAUCUAAGCUGGAUGGCAAAAGCUUUCAGAGGCUUGUUUCAGCUUGGCGUUACAAUUCCUUCGGCCACCACAAAGAGGAUGGCCUGGUGCUCUACAACCGAAUCUCAAUGUGUGCUCACUCUUGUGAUCCGACGUGCUGCUGGUCCUAUGGAGAUGAAGAUGCAUUUGUCCUUCGGAGCCGAAUGGCUUUGGACAAGGGCGACGAGCUGACAAUCUCCUAUUUGCAGGAUGAAGACCUUCUCAAAAGCACGGCUGUGCGACAGCAGAAGCUCCAGAAUUGGAAGUUCACUUGCAUGUGCCCUCGCUGCUCCCUCAAGGUUGAUGUUGGACGUGGUGUGCGCUGCCAGCGUUGCCGAGUUGGGAUACUCUACCCUCAGGCAACCAACGCAAGCUUCGAGCUCUGCAGGGUUUGUGGCAGCUGUCCUCCAUCAGAGGAUGUUGCCAUGCUCCUCCAUAUGGAGGAGGAGUAUGUUCAGAGAGUCGACACUUUAGACAAGAAGGACUUGGAAGACGUUCAGCAAGUCUACCAGGCAGCUCUGGACAUCUUUGAGAACCAUUGGAUUCUUUAUGUCAUGGACACCAUCCUUUGGGAAGGCCACCGUCAGAAGAACGUGAUGGAUGCGAUGGAGCAUCAGCGCCGCCGAAUUGAUUUCCACCAACACUACUACUUCAGGCCAACCUUCAUCUUGGCGUGGUGUCAUGAGGAACUCGGCGAUUGCAUGAUGGUGCAAUUUCCAGCACGAAAGUGGCACAUUGUCCAGGAGUUUCAACGUGCCUACCAGAUGCUUGCGGUCUUAUGUGGGUCUACUCACCAAUACACGGCGAGCCCCUACAACAAGCUGUGGCAGGUCUCGAAUGGAACUUCGAACUCAGCGGCCACCAACGGGACUACCGCAGGAGGCUAA